CGCAGAUCAACCUUUUUCACUGCAGUUUCCUUUUACUUUUCCUCGCAACUUCCCUCCUCUCCUCUCUCUGUCUCCCCUUAAUCCUUAUCUUCAUUGUGUCUCUGCAUUUCUUCGUGACUUAACGAACAUCAGGUGAAACUGUGCAUGACGAGCGCAUCAGAACUCUUCUCUACUCGAAGAUCGCGUCCGGGCAGAUCCAACCCGGAUUUAGAAUCCGACUCUCCUCUGUAUCGACACCACUCACAUCAUCAUCAUCGUCACGGAAUCCAUCAUCGUAAUCACCGCCACGAUUCCGACGGCUGUGAUUCUCUCCGGCGUGUUUCGCCGCGUCUCCGACGCUUCUGUCAGAAUCUUGGUCUUCCGGAACGUGGUAGACCUACUCGUGACGUGCAAGGCACUCCACAGUAUUUGGAAACUGAAAGUAACAGUUUCGGAAACCUAAAUGGAUCCGAGAGGCUUCCUGGAUCAGUUCUUCUCGCAAGGGCAAGACUUGUCCAAAGAUUGAGAGGCGUUUCUUUGUCUAGUAACAGCUCCUCAUUUCAUUCCUCAGAUGGGGUUCAAGUGUCUUAUGAAUGUAACAAGAAGCCACAUGGUCUCACACAAGGUGCUAUUAAUGGUUUACACCGACAAACGUUUAGCUCAACCGAGGUUGAAACGGAAAGGAGAGAUUGCAGCAUAUGUUUAGAGAGUUUCACUAACGGUGACGUGCUUAUAUCAUUGCCAUGUACCCAUAGUUUCCAUUCCUCGUGCUUAAACCCUUGGCUUAAAGCUUGUGGAGAUUGCCCUUGUUGCCGUAGAGCCAUAGCUAAAUGAUAUAGAAACCUGUAAAUAGAAUCUUUCCUUAUCCAUAGGCACACGCAUCUUCUGUUCUUGCUCUAGACAGAUCUUCCAGUUUUGUCGCCCAUUUGAGUGUUUUUCUGCCACAUGUUUGUGACUGUUAACGGUUUUGUUCAUUUUAAUCUAUCUUGUUAAUGUUACAAAAAAAAAAAAAAAUCUAUCUUGUUAA